AUGGAAUUGUCGCAUUUGUGCUUUGGAGAUGUAUGUGAAUUCAUCAAAAUAGUAGAUGAAUCGUCGGGGAUUCAGGGCGAAGUACAACUUCUAGUUUCGCAAUUCCUUCGAGACUAUCAUCAUUUACUGAUAAAUCCAGGUUCCUUCAACAUUCCUGGCGCAGAAAUUGCGAGCAAGACAGCACCACUAACGAUUGGGACGAUCAAAUAUGAAGUCACCGCUGAAACUUGGAAAGAUGCUUCUCAAUUGUCUCGGUUUCUUGGAAUAAGUCAUGAACAGAGUCUGAGAGUGACAAGCCAAACACAUUCUCGUGGAUUUUCAGAGGUUGGUCAUAAUCUUUUGUAUGCGCGGCGAAUACUACAGGAGCGGCUUGCAGUGGUGCAAACAUUGCUUGUAUUGCUCAAUGGAGACGUCAAAAAUCUGGAUGCUAAAGAUGAUCUCAUCAAGGCAGUAGCCGCUGAUAAGUCUACUUUUUGCUUGCACUUGAUUGAAACCUUGUCGAAAUCAGCAGCUUCUUUUACGGUCUUGAACAGAUCCGAUCGCCUUUGGUCACAGGAUAUCCAAGAUAUCAAGGACUGGCAGGAUCUUGAAUACAUCCUGAGCAUCCUCAAACUUCUACCUCUUCUCAUAAUAAACACGGAUACACCUGUGGGCAUCGUCACGCAGUGGUUUUCACUUUUGAAAGAAACCAGCUACUUUUCACGCUUUUCAAAAAACGGUACUCCAGACGAGAUCUAUGAUCAAAUUGAGGCUCUCGUCACCUGCAUAAGCGUUUUGAUGCUAGGGUUGGAAGUAUCCACUCUUUCUAUCAACACAGAAGGGCCUUUCUUUACGGACGCAGAAUGCUUCAAGCAUGUCAACACCAUCAUUUCAGAGCACCCUAAAAGUCCAUUGAUAGUCUACUACUGGUCUUUCAUUUUGUCGCUAAAGGCGUACCUUUUAGAGGAAGAACCUGAAAAAAAUGCGAAGUUCGUCAACGAUGUGUUUGGAUCUACACCUAUGAACCGAUUAACCUCACAACUAGUGAAACGCGCCGAAGAAUCAGAUGUUCUUAAAAAAUUUGUGAUUUGUUCGCGCUCUUUAGUAAAUGACAAGCUAUGGUUUGCAGUCAUGUCAUCAUUUCUGGCAGUGUCUUUGAACUUUAUAACGUUGACGAAGGAUGUCGCAAAGGUUGUCAGGGACGUUUUGCAAGAGGGCACAUCUCAGGAGUUCAUCGAAAGGUUUCUCACUACCGCAGAAGCGGAAAAGAAAAUAAGCCUGCUCAGGAGCAAAGUGCCACUUGUGAAGGAGGGAUUACUGCCACUGGUUUUUCUAACUAGCGUUCACCCAGAAUUUGCGUCUUUCGAAUGGAAGGAGAUGAACACCUAUACCGAAAAAGUACUACUUUCAAGUAUUUCAUAUGAUAUGGCAGAAAGCGAGGGAUUACUUGCAGAAACUAGCGACUUCAUUGUUUUAAAGCAGGAAUUACUAGUCAAACCACCAUUCGAAUGUAAUGAAAACGUUCUGAUGCCAAUUCCUUAUGGAACUCGGGGAAAAAUAAUUCCCAUGUCGUCCACUUCCGAAGAUGCAGUUGUUUUCAUCUAUAGCUACAAUGGCUGGUCUUUGUUGGGGAGAACUGUGCAGGGAAUUUGCGAGGCUUACACUCAAUCUGAUGAGGAUCAAGAGAGAAGUGAAAAAUCGGAAUUUGUGGUAGCAGUCGUAAACCUCAUCUCGAGCUCGGUAAGUAUCACGUCACCGAUCGAGAGAUCUAUGGAGGUCUUACAGCAUCUGUCUGGGUAUGUAGAGAAUGGAGACAUAAUAUCUGUUCUCUUCAAGCUCUUCGAGUUGGCCUUACAUUCAAGGGACUUAAGUGUUGUCAAUGCCGGGAUUGGACUCAUGAUAGAUCUUCUACCAAACUUUCCGCAUUUCGUCUGGUCGCACUUAGCUCGAUCAAGCUUGAUAGGCCGUGGUGAGAAGGAAGGCCUUGCAAUACCAAUUUUGGCAAACGCUGGACGUACGCCUGCGAAUUUUGACUCCAUCUUUUUGCUGGUAAAGCUCACGGAUUGUCUUGUCUCAGAAGCGUUGAAUGUCGAAGAGACGUUCUCUGGUCGCAUAAAGGGUGAGAUUCUCGCGAAGUUAAUGCUGCACAUGAUUCGCAUCUAUGAGAGCUUUCAAUUUCAAAAUUACUCGCUGCCGUCACAGCGGCUAGAAAUUGGGCUGCUUCUCACGUCUGUGAUUAUCAAAGUCCUAUACGCUGUUUAUGGUGUGGAUCCAGAUACUCCACCAGAAAAAAAGGUCACAGCUGUUUUGGCUGAUUCCGCAAAUGUUGCCGUCACUGCUUUCUUAAGCUCGACGACGUCUGAGAGCCGAGCUGUAACUUCCUUAAUCUUGCUUUUGACGUCUGUAAACAAAUGUGGUUCAGCUCGCAACAAUAUGAACCUGAAGGCUUCACAUUCGGAACUGGUCGCACAGUGCUUCAACCUCGCUAACCUUCUCAUAUCCAUUAGGUCGUUGUUGAAACUUCAACCAUCUACUUUGGAGAGAAGCUUGUAUUCCAAGUCUGCAGACUUGGCUAGAAUUUAUUUUGAUCGCAUGACGUGGCGUGCCAAUGUCAUCAAACUCUUCACUCAUAUGGUGCGAGCACCAUGGGGUCUUGAUCCCCCUUCAUUGCUCGCACACCUAGGAGAUAAUCAAUCAAGAGAGCUUUUGAAGUGCAUCGCCUAUGAUUUGAAGGGAUCUUUGACUAACGUGGAGUUGACACAAAGCCUCUACAGCUUUUUUUCCGCUGUUAUGGAAGGAAGACAAGAUGGCUUAGCUGUUCUCUUCUUGACAGGAAACCUGAUUACAGCCGGCGAAGACAAAGCUGAUUCUAAAAGCGACGCGGAACCUUUGGAGUCUUUACUGUCAAUUUUAAAGCACAACGCUUUGAAGCUGAAUAAUUUGCCGGAAUCGGUCAGUGUUCAUUUGUUGGAUGCCAUUGCCUACGCUUUGAAUACUUGGACUGCAGCAAGGAAUUACGAAAAAGACGCUAAAUUUCUAUCCAUACUUGUUGAGCGGUUAAUAUCUUUUGAACCACGGACCGUAAACGAGGGCACCACGACAGCCGAGCUGAUAGAACUUUCCAAACAGUACAAAGUAGUCUCUCGAAUCACAGAAAUACUGGCAUUAUCUCUAUUCACUUCUGCGACAGAUGCCGAUGUCUUACUCAAAGCUUUGAGCCGUCCGGAUUUAGCUUUCUUAGUACAAAAAAUCUUCCAAGUUGAUGGAUACGAUGCCAGAUUACAAGGAAGGCUAGGAGUCCAAUUCAAGACGCUAUGGUCAGGUGUUGAUUUAGCAAUGUUCAUCACAUCUCCAUUGUUACGCUCUAGCAAAUCAUUCUACACAAGCAUUUUCGACAUCCCACUGAUGGAUUUGUAUUUUUCGCAAGAUGAAAAAUGGACAGGAAGUGAAGGCUCUCAGGGAUUUAGGGAAGAUAUAGUUGCUGCAUCUAUCAACCUUCAACUUGUCACAAAUCAAGUCUCUGCUGCCAAAUCUUGGGGUGCCUUGUUGACCUCUUUCAUCAAAAAGACACCCGUUCCCCUUAGCGAUGCAUAUCUGGACAUUGCAUCAAAUCUUGUGGAAUCGGAUCCUCUUGUUGGUUCUGACGCAGUCGUUUCUACAGAUCUCUACUUGGCCCGGGUCGAGCUGUCUUUCUACAUCCUUUACUCUUUUCACGAGACGAAAAAGCGAAUCGCAAACCAGAAGUUACAAUCUCUACUUUUGAGCAUCAUAAGCUUGCUGAAGUCGAAAAAGGCAAACUUCUUGGAGAAUGUAUCCCAGUCAUCGAAGCACUACUACUACAGACCUCUAAUCAGGAUAGUGUUGAUAAUUUUAUCGUUGGUCAACGAUGGGAAACUUUUCGUCGAGUCUCUGUUGGACCACCUCAUUGAGAUUUUCGAAUUGACUCUUGGAAAAGGAGUUAACCUUGUGCUAACAAACCUACUUUCCGAGAUUAGCACAGCCGUAUCACACGGAAAGAAGCCGGCUGUCGUUAACUUGGCCGAAAAGAUUCAAGAUUUACUUCUCCUUCUUUCCUUCUUCACAAAGAUUAAGACACUUAAGCCUCCGGAUAAUUUUAUGAUGCUUCUUGCAUCAUCUCUGAACGAGUCAGGUACUUUGAAAACCAUUCUCAAUGUUUACUCCAGCUCACACUUGUUAAACUUUGAAGAAGAGCCUGUUUUGUGUGACCUGUCAUUGACAUUCAUAACAGAGAUGUGCACUGUGGAGCAGGUUGCAGAGAAGUUAAUUGCAAACGGUUUAUUUUCUGUGAUUCUGGAAAGUCCAGUAUCAACUCUCAUUCAACAGGGCAAUGUCACCCCAGAAGUGCAUCCAAGGUUACACACGUUGUGGUCAGACGGUCUUUUAACGAUAAUACUGCAAAUCCUGAGCAAAUUCGGUAAGAGAGUUCUGCCGGAAAGCUGUCUAUUCGUUUCAUACUUCAAACAUCAAAUCGAAACAGCUAUCUCACUAUGGUCGGACCCUUCCUUAUCGGUGUCAAUGGCACUGAUAAAGGAAACUUCACAACUUAUUAUGCUGCAAAGUAUCCUCGCUGCCCUCGACUACCAGGAGUAUCUGACUGACUCAAAUGUUAAAACAAAGGUCGUGGGUGACAAUGUCGUGUACGUGUUGUUUAGUGGUCUGGAUACACUCGCCGAACGAAGAGAGCUGAGCUACGCUUUUAAGCAUCUUUUAACACACCCCAAAUACUUGAAUUCCCGAAUCGUUCCCACUACAUUAGAAGAGCAGCGUGUUCUGGAACAAGAAAGUUCACGAGCCGAAUUCGUCAAAAGGAUUACCCAGGGAAUAAAGAGCUUAAAUAACAGCCUUUUCUCGACAGUUGCAUAA